UCGUUCUCAACAUGGCGGCUUCCGGCGCGCACGGGAUCGGUUCUCUGCCCUGCGGAUCCACGUUUUGCUCAAUGCUCUCUUCCUUAUUGAUCAAACUGGUGCUCGUAUCCCUGUGCUUCGCGCCAUGUGUCUUUCCUGCGAGCGACAGAACCAGGACGGUGGAGUUCAACGUGAAGCCGGGAGGAGUCGUUCACACUUUCUCAGAAAAAAUAGGGAAGUAUGAAUGCGUCUUCACGUACGCCUCGCAGGGUGGGACCAACGAGCAAUGGCAAAUGAGCGUCGGACUCAGUGAUGAUGACAAAUUAUUCUCCUGUUCCAUAUGGAGACCCCUGGGGAAAUCUUACUUGUUUUUCACAGAGUUUAAAGCUGAGAUUAAAGGUGCCAAGGUGGAAUAUGCCAGUGCCUAUUCCCAGGCAGGAGUUGGUGGACAGAAUGAUGUGGCUUUGAAGGAGGAGGAAUAUGUUGUAGGGGACACAACAGUGACCCACAAAGAUGGGAAGUUCCGCGCUGAGCUCUCAAAACUGACCAUUAUUGCCCGGACAAGGCACGAUGAGCUCUGACUUCUUGGGAUCGCUAUGCAUUAAUUGAAUGGGACUUUGAUAUUGGUGGAGGAAUCAUGCAGAGAAAUACAUGGGCCAUUUAUCUUGAAAUCAGCAAGGUUGGGGUCAGUGGGAGGGGGGGCAGUCUUAACUGCCAGUGUACCCACAGGUCAGUUCUUUGGUCGUUGCCAUUUUAUUCAAUGUUGUGACUAGAACGGUUAUUUAAGCUGUGUAUCACUUCCAUGUUGAGAUAGGGGAAUGGUUGUUGAUCUCUUAGAGAUUUACCAACAGGAAGAACUGUCAAGCUGUGCUGAUGAUAAUGCCUUACUCUGCACAUUACUGUUCAUAUCUGAAUGCGUAUACAUAAGUGAAGACAAUACGUGGGGCAUUGGAGGAGAGAAGGUUUGUGUCAUUGUGUGCUACACGAUAUCAGCAGGGCACAGCAUCUCGCAGAAUAUAGUAGUGGAGUCUAGUAGUGGACUUUUUUAUUUUCCAUUUUUAAAGCGGAUAUAAAUAAAUAUCCUGUCUGGCUGACAUAAGUAUGUUGUUUCUUAU